AUGACCUCCCAACACUUCCCAGUAACCAUCCACUUCCUCUACAUAACCCUCGACUUCUGCCCCGACGUGGGGCCCGAUCCCUACCGGUACUGGCCCCGGCACUCCUCCACCGAGCUCUUGACGUUCUUCACGGGGGAAGACCCCAUCCUCAACGAUGUCAAUUUUUUGGUCGCGCAGCUGAGGUGGAACCUGAUCGAGUUUGACGAACGGAAUCUGCCCGCUGAUCGGGAGCAUAGGACGGGAGGUUGGAGGGAGAUAUUGAGGGACGCGGUGCUGGAUGGGAAGGUUAGGGAGGAUAUCCAUCCAACUGUUGAGGAUAUCAUAAGUGAUAUUGAAAAGGAGCAUGCCGAGGAGAUGGAGAGGCGGAAGUGGGAGUAUGAUGGCUGUAGGGCAGAGGUGCUCAGGUGGCAGGCGAAGACGGGGAGAAGGUUGGCGGUGCCGGGGCGAGAAAAGUAAAGAGAGCAAGAAGGUUUGAUCCUCGCAGCAGUUGAAUUCUCUACAGCAGGUCAACCAGAAUCAUCAAGGACAAAAGAAAAUCAAACCACCAUUCAAUCCUCCUGGCCAACUUAUUUGCUCCAGAUCAUGACCUCCAAAUUCCCAAAAUAUCUAGUAAUACAAGUAACGUCCGUCCAUCCGUCAAACGCUACAGUCUGAGAAGAGCCAAAACAGACAGGGAGGGUGAGUGUGCUCAAAUGCACAUGAUUACAUAUCAUUUCGCUGUGUAGAAGAACGUUUCAUUUACACCUUUGCCCCAACCAACCAACCAACCAACCAAACCAAGCCUCACAACCCCCUUUUACCUCUCUCUAUAGUGAGUGAGAAUGAAAAGCCCUUGUCCUAGCAGUUCCGCCAGUCCAUUUUGAACCGCCCUCCUGACUCUGGGUAAAGUGAUCGCUAUGUGCGUUUGAAACCAUGUUGUGGUUUUAUCUUUCCGACCCUAGGGGAAACCUGCCCAAAAAGAAGUUUGAUGAUACCUCCGCUAUGAACACCAGAAAAAAAAAAGAAAAAUUAUGUAGUCAAGAAAUAUGCGGGAACAUGACCCAAGAAGAAUGCAACUCUUAAAACAAGACAAUCAUACGCCACCCUCCGGCUUGGGAUCCUCGUGCUUAGCGGUGCUGCCCUUGCCACGCCACGUGCUGACGGCCUUGACUUCAGCCUUGUAGAUUUGUACCUCGGUGCCGUAGGCCCGCGGCGUCAGCUUCAUGAGCGUGUGAAGCGGUACUGGUACCCAGGGGCUUUCUUCUUGUGUCUUUUGCAUAAAGUAGGCAUAGAUGCAACGAAUGACGGCUUGGUGAGAAAUGAUGAGAAUGUCCUCGCUGCGCUCCAGUUCCAUGAUGAUGGGCUCGAGGCGGAUCACCACAUCCCGGUAGCUCUCACCGCCGCGGUAGCGGUAGUUGUACUUGUCUUCGUCGCGAGCCUGGAAAUCUUCAGGGUACAUGUCGGCGAUCUCCUGGUACGUCAUGCCGUCGCAGACACCAGCGUCCAGCUCGUCGAGCGCCUUCCAUUGUAAUUGGUUGUAGUGUUUUGGCAAGUGACGGGCCGUCGCAAUGGUGCGUUUCAGGGUCGACGUCCAGACCGUCAAAGGCCGGUCGC